ACUUUGUAUUAUAUAUCAUAUAUUUUAUUUUAUUCACAUAUUUUUUCAAACAUAUUUAUAAUGAUUGUCAUCUACUUAGAAUCAAGUCUCCAUAAACCAAUGUAUAUAUUUUUGUUUAACCUUAUAUGCUGUGGACUGCUUGGAAGCAGUGCAGUUUGGCCAAAGGUGCUUUCAAAUCUCCUAACUGGUUUGCACACUAGUUCAUAUGAGGGGUGUCUUCUCCAAGUCUAUUUGCUUAGUAUUUAUGCUGCUUGCACUUACUCUACUUUAUCAAUAAUGGCCUAUGAUAGGUAUAUAUCCAUUUGUAAGCCAUUACAGUACCAUAAUAUCAUGAAUCCUAGUAAAAUAAAAAUUUGGCUAAUGUUAAGCAACUUAAUUCCUGUUUUCUCAAUAGCUGGUCAAAUAUAUUUGACGUCAAGGAUUCCUUUAUGCAGACAUUCUCUUAAUAAACUAUUUUGUGAUAACCUUUCUGUCAUUAACAUAUCAUGUGGAACAAGUAGCAUCAGCCUUUUAAGCAAUGUGUAUGGUUUACUUAUAAUAGUUUGUUUAUCUGUCCUCCCUACAUUUCUGAUUUUAGUGUCUUAUGCGAAAAUACUUUCUGUUAGUUUAAAGGUGUCAAAAAAUAGUCAAAGCAAGGCACUUGGAACAUGCAUUCCUCAUUUGAUAAUAUUCAUAAACUAUUCCAUUGCUACAAUUUUUUCUGUUAUAUAUAACAGACUAACUGUGUUUAUGCCUAACGAGAUGAAUGUCUUUAUAUCAGUCCAAAUAACACUGUUGCCACCACUUUUGCAUCCAGUAAUAUAUGGUGUUAGAACCAAAGAGAUAAGAAAAUUCGUUGCCCCCAUUCAAUGGGACAUUAUGACCCUGCUUCAGCAGUACAGAGAACAAAACAAAACCCCAGCAACCUGUCCUGCCGACAAAAUCUUCGUCCCUGAACAUCUCCGAGAUCAAGUCAUCAGCCAAGUUCACUUCCAAUCCUUCAUCUGGACACCCAGCCCGCUGCUGGUCCCAGAGACGAGGGAGAGGGGAGGUCCCGUGAACAGGCCCCUCAACCCAUCACCAUUGACGCCGGGGAAGAAUACUGCAGUACCUGGUCGACUGGGAGGGGUACGUUCCAGAGGAACUCUGAGGAUAUUCUAG